GGAUUCCUAUCCAAGCUAAUCACGGAAUUUAGAAAAAACGAAAUCAAUAUGGGGGACCAACAGUUCUUUCUAAAAUGGAACGAUUUUCAAACAAAUAUGGUGACAUCGUUUAGACAUUUACGAGACGAAAAAAGUUUUACUGACGUGACGUUAGCAUGUGAAGGCCAGACGUGUAAGGCCCACAAAAUGGUAUUAUCAGCUUGCAGUCCUUACUUCAAAAGUUUAUUAGAGGAAAAUCCAUCAAAACACCCAAUUAUAAUCCUAAAAGAUGUCUCAUAUCUCCACUUACAAGCAAUUCUGGAGUUCAUGUAUGCGGGUGAAGUGAAUGUGUCACAGGAACAGCUGCCGGCAUUUCUCAAAACUGCUGCCAGACUUAAGGUGAAAGGUUUAGCUGAACCACCGCCACAGAUGCCCAGCAUCAAACGGGAAGGCUAGCCGCUCGCUUGGCAACAUUAGAGGACAUAAAGACAAUCGUACACAACGCUACUUUGGCGCGACAUAAUAGCGCUUAAAACUGAUCUGAAACUAUUAAAAAUAUAUUAACUUUAUCAUAUUAAAGAAACUAUAGCGCGAUCCCAUCGAGAAAUAAAUUAGGGCGUUUAAAAUGCCUUAUUAUUAUUAUUUUUAAAUUGUGUUUAGUAUUUUUUUGAUUAUUAACGCGAGUACAACACAUUUAAAUAAAACACUUUUAAAGGAUUAAAACGCGUGUAAUAUUAACUGUGUUUUUGCAUUAGACUUUGCGUAAAUUUUAGUUAACCCGACGUCUCGUGACCUUUCCAGAUCACAUUUUAAAAUGGCCUGCUGUUAAAAUGUGGCAAGACAGUAUUCAUCAUAUUUGACAGAAGUGAACUUUAGUCGGGUUAACUAAAAUAAUAAUAAAAAUGUAAUUUUUACACAAAAUCUAAUGUAAAAACACAGUUACAAUUACACGCGUUUUAAUACUUUAAAAAGUGUUUUAUUUAAUUGUGUUACUACAACUACUAACUACUAAAGUAUCGUAAAAUGUAUAUUAUUCCUAAAUAUACUGAUGUUUACUUGCAUUAAUAAUCCGUGUUUAUGAUAAAAUAAUUAUUAUAGUCGUGUUAAACAGGCCUUGUGUACGAUUGCCCUAAAACACCAAUAUUGAAUGAAUGAAACAUAUUUUUUAAACAAUGUUCAUUUGGUUGCAAGGGCGUGUACACAUUGAAAAUUUAAAUAUUUUUAUUAUAAUCUCGAGGAUAUUUUUUAAAAAUUCGUUUUAAAUGUCCGCUGAUACCUCAGUGGUACCAUUUGGUAUUAAAUCGGUUGGUAUUUAUUACGACUAAAAGGUUAAAACUUAAAAUCACUUUUAUAGAAGAAUGUAGCAACCAAGGCUUGUAACCGGUUUUAAAUACAACAGUAUUUACCCGUUUCAAUCGGUUUCUACUUUGUAUUUGGCUCGAAUUGUAACCUUAUGAGAGUUAGUAUGAACAACAAAACCUUAUAAAAAAUUCUAUAUCUACUCAAAUGUAAAACACUUUGGUUUUUCGGUUUCCAAGCCUUGCAAAUACGACGUCUGCAACACUGAACCUUGCGGUCAUCAUAUGAAGUAAUUCUUGUUAUACUUUUCAUUUUGUUACAACAUUGGAAUACAAAUGAUUUAAGUUUUCUUUAGUGUUAAUUUCUGCCAAUAUUUGUUUUUAAAACAAUUCGACACGUGUUUCGCCUCUACACGAGGCAUCCUCAGGACGUGUUGUCUCGCCAGAAUCUGGCACGAGACUCUGAGUCAAAUAUUGGCGGAAUUCACACUAAAGAAAACUUAAAUCAUUUGUAUAAUUAUGGAUUUCCGCAAAGUAACGCCUAAUUCAAUAAAUUUUCUUACAACAUUGGAAUUUUUCUACACAUCCAAGUAGAGCUCCGUGAAAUAUGUUUGUCAUUAACUUGUAAAGAUUAUUUCUAGCGCUUCAUAAUAUAAAUUAUAAAUAAUCUCUAUAUAACAAAAAUCAUGAUUUUAAUUGACAAUACAAUAUUAAUAUGACGCCCUCGCAACCAUUUUGUUUGUAUAAUUGUUCACUGAAGAUAUUUUAAGCAAUAAUAUUAAUUAUAGAGAGAGAUAUUUUUGCACGCGACCACGCGGAGUUAUUGAGGCAUUUCUGGUAUCUUUGUGUUCGUCAAGUUAAUGCCAUAUCGAAUAUUUUAUUUCUAAUACUUAUAAGCACUAAACCCAUUCUGUUAAAAAUAUUAUUUCACCGAGUCGUCCCAUAGAAGCCGUCAAUACAAUUUUAAUCAAGAUAUUGUUGAAGUUAAGUUGUAUUUAAAAUUUUAAGUUGAUAAAUAUUUGUUGACAUGAUCAUAAGAAUGCUUUAUAAGUAUUAACUUAAUAAAAAUCCUUAUUGUGUUUUAGUUUCGCGAUUUAGCCCCUUAUUAAUGCACCGUCAAUAUGUAGGACAGUGUGUAUCACCCCUAAUGUUUAUUAGCAAAGUAUGAGUGUCUAUUGUGUUCUUUUUUUGUUAAAUAUGUUGAAUCUAAUGUCAAAAUUAAUAUUAUAUAGAUGGACUUACAGUAUUGAACCUACAAGAGACGAUAAGUGGUAAAAAUAUACAAAAACAUACUUGAAAUUUGUUUUUAGGUCGGGUUUUUAUUCCUAUCAGUAACUGCCACAAUUUGAGCCCUAUUCUUGACCGAUAAUCGUAUCGUAGUUGAAAAACCGUACGUCGUCCCUUGUCGGUAAAUACUCUAAAGUUGCGGGUCGCCAUUUUGUCGUCUCGGUGCCAUCUUGUCUAGUUUGCUCAGUUAGUGGCUUGCCAUAUGAAAAGUGAAGCCCUUUUUUUAUUGAUACAAAACUAAACUUGUUUAAAAAUAAUACGCAUUAAUAUUGUUACAAUAUACCUUCUUGCUUUAUUUUUGAUAUGGCAAGGAGUAUGUUGAUGUUUUCAAGAACCCGUUUUCCGCGUUGGCCCCAGUCCCCUAGUUACCUUCAACCAAAGUAUAGAACUUACAGAGCAACAAAACUGGGGCAAAACGCGGCUAACGAAAACCGUUUAAUUUAACUUGUCUUUAAAUGGCAUUUCAUAUUAGCCCAACCUCAUUUUUGGUAAAAAAAAUAUUUUCAUACCAAUGUUAGCCCAUUUUGUUUUGUACAAUAAAUCCUCAAAAUGAUAUAUCUCAAAUGAGAAGUCGUCAAUGCGCUUUAGUAGAGUAAGUUCUCUUGUCGAUGUUAACAUUAUGGAGGCCUUAUUUAAAAAUUAAUCCACGUAGAAACGUUAUUAACUUUGAGACUCGAAAAGCAUGUUAAAAUAUUUAAAUUAGGACUUUUUUAUUUAUAAGUAUUUGUAUGUUAUUGUGUUGCAUAAUAAAUGAGACAAAUCACACUUCGUAUGUAUGUAUGUAUGUGACUUGAGCGACGGCGUUGGAUAUUUGUAUGAAAAAAUUACUUCAUACAUUGACCACCAGGGGCGCUGUACACAUAUCAUACAACUAAUAUUUGACGUCGUCGCUAGGGUUAGUAAAAGCCGCGCCAGUAAGGAACUAAAUGCGACGGGUAUUUCACAUAAACUGACAACAUAAAAUAGUAAACAAAUAAUUAGACCUUGAAAGGUCUAGAAAUUAAUAAUGAAUUACUUCCUAACAAUUUGUUUAUACAAUAUAUAUGCAAGAUAAAAAGGUUUAAAAAAUAAAUUGAAUGACACUCAGAUUUUUUAUAUUGCUGUCUCAUAAUACUCCUAUAUCUCCAGUUAUGUGUGACAAGGAUAGAGUGAUAUGGUCGCCAAUUUUUUAAAUGGUUUAUUGGCGCGGCUAAAACGUGUACGUAGAUAAUAAGAAACUGUUUCUCUAAUCAUAUUUUAGGUUAAGUUUCUUGUCGUUUUUUUUAUUACUUAGAAAUAUGCAAUGUAUUUGGUACAAAUUGUAUUUUUCGUUUUUUUAGUGCAGUGCAAUGAUUCUAAUAAAUCCAUAAUAUACAAUGUAAUCGAUACAAAAUUACUUUUUCGCUUGACAAAAAGUAAAAGUAUUUUUAAUGUUGUCGAGUUUUUAUGAAUAUUAAAUCUGUAACACUCGAGCGAGAAUUAUUUCGUCAGUAAAGAUUAACUCGAGAAAAUUCGAAAAAAAUUGAAAUUACGAAUUGUUUGUUAUAUUUUUUUAUUUUCGAUCAUAUAGGUGAUCAUUUAUUAUUAGAUAUAUUUUUAAUAUUUCGUCGUACUGUGGUACAAGCACUUUUUAUACUUUCGUAAAAUUUUUAUUCCAGUAUAUAUGAUUUUCUAUGCACUGAGUUUGCUCCCGCAGCAACUAUCAAUCGAUAACUCCGCCAAUAUUUGUAUGGAAAACUGUGCAGCGCCCCUGACGUUUACAUACAGAAUUAAAUUUGCAUAGGCACGAGUCUGGGAGAGCAAAACUCGUUAUAUAUUUUAUUCUUUACAUUUUUAUGCCAGCUUUUAUAAAAAAAUCAUGUGAUUGCCAUUGGAAAUAUUUAUACUGAUAACUUAUGGCUUUUUUCAAUUCAACCUUACGUAUGUGCGAGUGAGAGCGCGGUAUCGACAAUACCGUUCCCUCUUUUUAUGUUUGGCUAUUUUAUAAUUAUGGUCCGUACAUUAGUUUUGCUAUUAUUUUUAUUUAUCAUGAAGUAUUCACUCCUCGAUUUCGCCUUGCCCCUCCUAAUCAUAGUAUGUUGUAUAAAUGUAAAUCAGAUACAUAAAAUAUUUUUAGACAGUCAUAGAAUGUGCUGAUUAUAGUGAAUAUGUGAAUUGAUUAUAGUGAAUAAAGUUUAAAAUUAUAAAAGAUUUGUAAUUUUAGACUAUAUAAAAUAAAUUUAACUAAAAAAAGGUU